UGAUCAGGACGACUGGCUUCAUGAAGGGCCUCUACACGGAUGCCGAGAUGAAGUCGGAUAAUGUGAAGGAUAAAGAUGCCAAAAUUAGCUUCCUUCAGAAGGCCAUAGACGUGGUGGUGAUGGUUUCGGGAGAGCCCUUGUCGGCAAAACCAGCCCGCAUCGUGGCCGGGCACGAGCCCGAAAAGACAAAUGAGCUGCUGCAGAAAAUUGGAAAAUGCUGUCUCAACAAGCUGUCCAGUGAGGAUGUGGUGAAGAGAGUGUUAGCUGGAGCGAAGGGGGACGGGAAGGGAAGGCUCUCGCUGGCGCCCAGACCUCCGGAGGCGGACUGCAGGGCUGGGAGAGAGGCACAGCCCCGGGUGCCCAAGGAGAGAGAGGAUAGAAGAAACUCUGAAAAAAACGAGAGAAGUACGAGCAGAGAUAGAAAACAGAAAGAAGAAUUGAAAGAAGAAAGCAAACCAAGAGAAAAGGAGAGGGACAUGGAGAGGACCAAGGAGAAUGACCACGACCGACAUAAAGACCCCGAGAGAGACAAGCACCAGGAAGGAGAGAGAGAGAGGACCAAAACCAGGGCCAGGCGGGACCGGGACAGGGACCCGGACCGCGAGCGAGAGAGGAAGAACGAGGGAGGCAAAGAGAAGGAGCGAGAGCGAGACAGGGCCCGGCGGAGGGUGAGGGACAGGGAGCACCCCCGGGCCCCCGACAGGGACAGGGGCAGGGAGCACGAGAAGCCUGAGAGAAAGUCAUCAAGCUCAGGGGAGGUGUCUAAAAAGUUGUCAGAUGGAUCUCUUAAAGACGCCAAAGCUGAAACAGAGACUGAGGUUUCCACUAGAACAUCCAAGUCAUUGACAACAAAGACAUCCAAAUGGCGAUCCAAAACCUCAGUGGAAGGAACAAAAGAAGCUAAUGCUAACUCAGCUAGUGUUUCAGAUGACCAGUCACCUAGUCUGUGGUGUGCCAGUGCUGAGCCAGGACCAGCUGUGACGCAGAAAGGUGACUCCCCUAGUGAUGCAGGUAAGGAGUGGCCUUAAGUAAGUGUGUUUGUUAUA